CCGUCGCUGGACAAAUGUUUUUUUUUUUUACCCAAUCCAUUAAACGACCAUUUUUCAUUGGACAAAGAGGGUCCGCCUGAAGGUCCUAUACUGACCCAUAUUAAUACAACGCGAUGUAGCCCAUAUAUCAUAAGUACCUACCACCAAAAAGCUUCUGUUAAUUACACAGUUAAUGAUUACGAAUCAGGAUUAAACGACGUGCCCUGCGGCCAGAUAAUUGUUUGUACUGUGGGUUGUCUGUGA